UCAGCGCAGUUCAGCUGCCUGUUGGUUUGCGCGCGCUGAGCUCGUCGAGCGGAACUGUGAGUGUGUGAAGAGGAGCUAGUGUGAGAGCAGGAGGUGGAAAAAAAACAUGUUUCUGUGAGGAACCGAACCGGACUGGAAGAGUUUGAGUGAAGGAGAGACUGAAGAAAUGUGAAGAAGAAGAAGGAGCUGUUUUACUCACUCCGUCUACGGCUCGAGCCUUCAGACGUGGACUGCAGAGCCAAUCUACCAAAGAAGUCUAUGUCUCCGGCACAUGACGAAAUGUGAAGAACCAGUCUCGUAUGAAGAGGCCACUCUAGAGUGUUUCAAAGAAUUUCUGAAUCCUGGAGGUAUCCUUGACGACCAUCCUGACUGCCCUCAUCCUUCACUGUUCCCGCCUGCAACACUGCAACCUCCAGAUCUCUCCAUUCCAGCCCUGGGAAGGACUCAGCCCUCUGAUCACUAUCACCGAAGGAGAGAGGAGAGAAAAAGAACGAAGACAAAAGCAAACAAGCAGAAAAGAAGAGAGACUGAGAGUAGCAUGCGCUAUGCCUCAGAGAGGGAAAGGGAGAACUCCGAUGUUGUGCACUGGAACCUUGUAGGCACUCGCGCACACAUGCACAGCGUUUCUAUGGCGAUAAUUGUAUAUCCGCACCCUUGCUGAGGACAGGCUGUGUUUUUCUGCGCCGAUUGAUUGCUGUGUUGUGAUUGGUCAGGAUGCCAGCUAAAGGGAAGUACCUGUUGAAUGAGCAGAAGGUGAAACAAGAAGCACUCUAUAGGAAGUUCUCUUGCAUUAGCCAGUACCAGCCUCUGGUUCUGCUGCUCGGACUGAGUGCUCUCACAUGUGCCACCCUGCUAGUGCUGUUCUUUAGCCUGCAACUGAGUGUGCAUGACCACGUUGCAUUUGUAGGUGUGGUGAGCGGAGCGCUGUUUGUGUUUCUGGCAGUGUUCCUGCUGGUGUGUGCAGAGGCGUUCACUCAGAGAUGGACGAUGCUGCUGGGUCUAGUAGUGUGGGCCGCACACCUCAGUAUGGGCUUCACCUUCAUCUAUAGCAAUGAUCUCAUUCAGCCCUGGGACCAGGUGCCUUUCUUCCUCUUCAUCAUCAUCACGGUGUUCACAUUGCUGCCUUUCCAGGUGUAUUAUGCUGUCAUCCUCAGCAUCGUCUCCUCCGUCUCUCAUAUUAUUGUUCUUUCAGUGCACGUCAGCAUGGACAAGGCCCAACCAAGACCUUACCUCAUCAGUCAGCUCUUCUCCAAUGUUGUAGUGUUUUUGUGUGGGGGUGUAGUGGGAGCAUUCCAUAAGGUCCUGAUGGAGAAAGCACUCAGGCAGACUUUCCAGGACACACUUCGCUGCCUCGGCAUCCGAAUGAAACUGGAGAUCGAGAAGAGACAGCAGGAAAAUCUGCUGCAGUCAGUACUGCCGGUGUAUAUCUCUAUGGAGAUGAAGUUGGCCAUAAUGGAGCGCUGUAAAUGCAAAGAUAAGGAGGCACAGCAGCGACUGGUCAAAGACAACAACUUCCACAGUCUCUACGUCAAGAGGCACGAGAACGUCAGUAUCCUGUACGCGGACAUUGUUGGUUUCACUCGUUUAGCCAGCGACUGUUCUCCUAAAGAGUUGGUGAUAAUGCUGAAUGAGCUCUUUGGAAAGUUUGACCAGAUUGCCAAGGAGAACGAGUGUAUGAGGAUAAAGAUCCUGGGUGAUUGUUAUUACUGUGUGUCUGGCCUUCCCGUCUCACUACCAAAACAUGCCAAGAACUGCGUUAAAAUGGGUUUAGACAUGUGUGAGGCUAUUAAGCUUGUUCGGGAGGCAACAGGUGUGGACAUUAAUAUGCGAGUUGGUGUGCACUCUGGAAAUGUGCUCUGCGGUGUGAUUGGCCUACGCAAAUGGCAGUUUGAUGUCUGGUCACAUGAUGUCACCUUAGCCAACCACAUGGAGUCUGGAGGGUUGCCAGGCCGGGUGCAUAUCACUGAGGCCACCCUGAAGCACCUCAAUAAGGCAUAUGAAGUGGAGGAAGGAGAUGGUCAUCUGAGAGACACCUACCUGAAAGAGCUCAACAUCAAGACCUACCUGGUCAUUGACCCUCGAUCUAAGGACCCUUCGCAGAGCAGCCGCAGUGUUCCUAAGCAGCGUGUGAGCGACGGUCUGAAGAUGAGAGCAUCUGUCAGAAUGACGCGUUAUUUGGAGUCCUGGGGUGCAGUUAAACCUUUCGCCCACCUACAGAGCAGAGAGGGCUUCCUCACUGACGCAAUGGUCAACGGCAAAAGCCGCUGCAAGGACAUCCCUCUGAGAUCAGCACCAAAAAUCACAGAGAGUUUUGAUGAAUCUCUUGAGGAGCCGUUUUCAUUGCCCGCCCCUCCAUUCAGCACCAAUAAGAAUAAGUCCCAGAAGAGCAAGUUUGAUGAAGAAUUGCACAAUGAGAUGAUCACCACCAUAGAUGAGCUGAGCUCCAGCAAGCAGUGGGAAAAUUCAGAGGAAAUCUCAGUUCUCACUUUGUGGUUCACGAAGCGAGAGCUGGAGAAACAGUACAGGACCAUAGAAAUGCCCAGUUUUAAGUACUAUAUUGGAUGCGCCAGCUUCAUCUUCAUUUGCAUCUUCGUCAUUCAGAUGUCUGUCACCAUGCAGCCGAGGCAGCUGGGAGUGACGUUUACAGCCUUAGCGUGUGUGUUGCUGUUGACCCUCGCCAUCUGUUUUGCAGGUCAUAUUCAGAAGAUGUUCCCAGAGAAGUUAGAAUCCUGCCAGUGGUUAACAGCUAUGUCAGAGGCAGUGGUUAAAAGGCCUUUUGUGCGUCUUCCCCUAGCAACCAUCGCCACGACAGUUAUUGUCAUCAUUGCCUUGUUUAACCUGGUUUUUACUGAACUGCCAAAAAAUUUGACGACUGAUUCCUUUUUUACAAAAAAUGGAAGCAUCAGUGAUGAAGACCUCUUUUACUUGCCUUAUUCAGUGUACAGCUGUAUCCUGGCUUUAUUAGUGUGCGGUGUGUUUUUAAGAGUGAGUUUCGAGCUGAAAGUGGCCUUCCUCUUCAUCGCCUGUGCAAUUUAUUAUAUCAUCAUCUACUGCACCAACGAUCUGUUCAACAAAUACAGCUGCUCGCUCAAUGGAAACUUUAACAGCUCUGAGGAGUUGCUUAGGAAAGGAGGGCUGAUGAAACACCCACAGACUAUGAGCUGCAUCUACAUCACUCUGUUUUUCUUUACCAUGCUGCUUAUAUCACGUCAGGAUGAGUUUUGUUGUCGUCAGGACUUCCUACUGAAGAACAAGAACCGCACAGAUAAGGAUGAGAUUGAGCUGUGUGAGAACCUCACGCGGCUCCUACUGGAGAACGUUCUCCCAGCGCAUGUGGCUGCGCUCUUCGUUGGGGAGAACAAAAAGAACGAGGACCUGUACUACAAAUCCUAUGACUGUGUGUGUGUGAUGUUCGCCUCAGUUCCUGACUUCAAGGAGUUCUACACAGAGUGUGACAUCAAUAAAGAGGGACUGGAGUGUCUGAGACUUCUCAAUGAGAUCAUCGCUGACUUCGAUGAGCUGCUUUCUAAGCCCAAGUUCAGUGGAGUAGAGAAGAUUAAGACUAUUGGCAGCACUUACAUGGCAGCUGCUGGUCUUAGUGGAACCCCUGGACAGGAGACUAACCAGGACCGAGAGAGGCAGCAGGCUCAGAUUGGAAUUAUGGUGGAGUUUGCCAUCGCCAUGAUGGGAAAACUGGACGGCAUCAACAGGCACUCGUUUAACAGUUUUAGACUACGCGUGGGGAUAAACCAUGGGCCAGUAAUAGCAGGGGUGAUCGGGGCACGCAAGCCACAGUACGACAUCUGGGGGAACACGGUGAACGUCGCCAGCCGAAUGGAGAGCACCGGAGAACUGGGCAAAAUACAGGUGACAGAAGAGACAUCGGAUGUCCUGCAGAAGCUGGGUUACUUGUGCGAGUGCCGUGGACUGAUAAACGUGAAGGGAAAAGGGGAGCUCAAAACCUUUUUUGUGUGUACAGAUUGCAACAAGCAGCAGGGCAUGGCUCUCAGCUGAAGCUGCUGCCUCCAGUAUUGACUCUACCACACCAGGAACAGAUUACACGUGUUUUUUUGUUUGUUUGUUUUUAAUGCUAUUUCUUUUAGGAUGUCAGUCUAUUGACAUGUUUCCAGAUUCACUUGGAAUGUGAGGUUUUUUUGUUUUGUUUUGUUUUUUGUAAAGGAAUGUUGGACGAUUAGGACAGAUGCCUAAAAACUCUUUCAACCAAAAACCAGCUCAGAACACAAACAUAUGCUUUGAAUGGUGGAGAUUAAAUUUUGCCACCUGAUGCUGGAACAACAGAACAGUCUAGUGUUCACUGACUUUGAAAUCAUCUGCACUGUUCUGAUCCUUGUUAACCAAGGACACGAUUACCCAUGCUCACAGAAGAGGACCUUUGAAUAUUUUGCUCGUAGUCAUCAUCCUUUUGGUUCAAGUCUGAGAUUACUAGCAGAUGAUCUGACCUGCACACACGAACAUGAAGAAUGGUUUCCUUGCACAUAAUAUGAAGCCUUUGGGAAAAAUGGACUGAAAUCCUUUUGUGAGGCUUUGGACAGAUUUGCUGCUGAAGGACUGUUUCUAAUAUAUGCGCCUUCUGUUUCUAGAAAACCUGUUCUCUGACUUGUUUUUGGACGUGUAAAUCUAAGCAGUUAAUGCUGUCUAGAAGUUCUUUUCUGUUUUCUCGUCUACCAUGUCGUGAUGGCGUUCUGCUUUUUGGGGUGGCGCUUCUACACCAGUGCCUCUCACUUAAGCUUCUCACUUUUAUUGGUUGGCCUAUAGCCUCUUUUGAGGGAUAAAGUCAUAAACAGGUAUUUUAUGCAUCCCAUUAUUCAGUAAUUUAAAGAUAAAACUUGAUACGGUCUUCUAUGGCAAAACAUGCUGCAGUACAAUCAGUUCAAAUUGCAAAAAAGAAUGUGAAUGAUGUGGCUUGAGGACUUUUCUACUUACCUUCAAGCUUUUAAGAAGUAUUUCUGAAAUCGUUUUUGUAUCUUGACUGCCACUGUGGCUCCUCCCAUUUGAUGGUGGGGUCAAGCUACUUGCUGCACUUGUUAUUGGCUGCAUCUGCCUGUCCGUCUAAUCACUUUGUUGCCCUGGUUCUUGCUGUGCUGGAAUCACUUGUUUAAAAAUAGGGAACACUGAUUUCUGGGUUCAAUAUACCUGUCUACAGGUAAAGCAGACACAGCGAAAAUAACAUGGGACUUGUGUUGUAUCUGUACUGUACCUUUACUGAACUGAAACAGCCUGACGUUUUCUGUCUCUGUUUAGUGAGCUGCCUUUUCUGUUGCCUGUUUGGAGUAUCUACAAGGAAAUUGUUUAACUUUCAAGUUGCUGUACAGUAUAAGAAUGGAAUAAAUAAUUUUACACGUUUC